AUGAGGACAUAUCUUGUUUCAUUUGAUACCCGGAAAACGGAAUCCGUCGAUUGGGUGAAGCCUCUCAACAACUAUCUUAUAUCGGUUUACGGUAAUAGUGAUAGUUACCAAACAGAUAUCAAAGCCUUUGAUAAGUUGAGACUGGAUUUCAGAGGAGUAAGUGGCGAUGAAUCGGGGAUUAAAAUAGCAUUUAAAUACUACAGUCAAUUGGAAUUACUUGACUUACGGGUCCCGUUUCUGGCUAUCAAUAGACUGAAGAAGAUCAAAUUCAAAUGGUAUGAUUCAUUUGAUCCAACCAUCAGUCAUGAACAAGAAUCCAUUGCCUUUGAAAAAGCCAGUGUACUUUUCAAUUGUGGGAUGCUUAUGGCAAGAGUGGCUUCACAACUGUACGAACAAUCGUUGAAAAGUGGUGGGGAUGAAGAAAAGGCCAAAAAAUCUAUCAAAACUUAUCAAGAAGCUGCUGGGAUCUUUCAAUAUUUGACAGAGAAUUUUGUUCAUGCUCCCUCUGCUGAUUUAAGUAAAAGCACUUGUCAAUUUCUUAUUAAACUUAUGUUGGCUCAAAGUCAUGAAGUGUUUAUGUAUCGUCUUAUCAACACUGAUUUGGAUCAAACCAAAAAUAGUUUGAUUUCUAAAUUAUGUUCCAGUGCUGCCUUACAUUAUGAGGAUUGUAAUAAGAUGCUUCAAAUUCUACAAAGUGACGAAGUCCCUAUAGCUGAAUAUGGACUUGUUACUGAUGAUGAAUUAGAUGGAGGAGAUGUUGAUCAACAACUUGCAACAUCAACUUUUGAUGAUCCCGAUUCAACUCAAGUCACUGCUAAAGUAAGUCAACUUUGUCUUGAUGUUAUUUCUUAUAAACUGGUUUAUUAUAAGGCAUUGACUUACUAUUAUGCUGGCUUACAACUGGAAAAGGCCAAAAAAUAUGGUAAUGCCAUUGCUUAUAUGAAUAAGUCUUUAGAAGUAUUGGAAUCAAUGCCUGAUUCUGUUUGGAAGACAUUAUCAAAAUCAGAUCGUUAUAUUGUUCAUGAAUUAUUUGAAGAUUAUAAAUUUCAAAUGGACUCAUUAACUAUAAGACUUGAAGAACUCAACAGAGAUAAUGAUUAUAUUUAUCAUGAGAUAAUCCCCACUCAAUCAUCAUUGGAAGAAAUCAAACCUAUGGAUAGUUCCAAAAUCAUUCCUAUCGGUGAUAAUGAACUUUUCAAACAAUCAAACGAAACAGCAUAUUCACAUUUUUUAACUAAUGUCGUUCCUAUGAAUAUUCAUGAAUUAAUGAGUCUUUAUUCUGAAGAAAAGUCAGAAUUAUUAAGGAAUAAUAUGGAUUUGGUUGAUGUUUCUAAUGAAGAGGUAUCUUCAGCUUUAGAAUAUCUUAAUAUGCCAAUAGCUGUUGUGAAUUUGAAACAGAUUUUUAAGCAAUCAAAAGAUGAUGAACAACAAAAGCAUCAACAAACCAUAGAUCCAUUAACCAUUUCUCAUGCUAAUGAAAUAUCAGCUAGUGUAACCAAAGAUGAAGCUAAUAAGGAUCAAAUUAUAAGACUUCGAAAGGAUAUUUGGGAUAAUAUUACUGAAAUCGAAUCCAUUCUUUCUCGUCAUGUUGAACCUUCAUUCACGAAAUUCAAAGAUGAACUGAUCCAAUUGAAAAGAUCUCUUUAUAAUGCUUCAAAUUUGGAUAAAAAAGUGUUUGAAAACAUUACGACUGAGAAUCAACUGUUACUUAAUACAUUGAGAUUGGGACCUAAACUGAAACAAUUUGAUGAUAUGUUUUCACUAAAUUGGAAUAAUAACAAUAAUAAUAAGUCAACAUUGAAUGCAGAGAUUAGUCUUUUAGAUCUUGACGAUUCAAUGCUAAAUAAGCUGCUGGAUACAAUUGAGAAAGAUAUUAAACACAUUGAGGAUCUUUUAAAUGAUUUGAAUGUAUUAAAAGCCAACAAAGCAGCUCUUAUUGAUGCAUUAAAGAAAGAAAUCCAUUCAGAUGAUAUUUCCAAUAUUUUAAUAUUGAACAGUAGGGUUAAACUGGAAUCGGAGAUCAAACUGGUGAUAUUCCCUGAAGAAUUGAAGAAGUUUUCACCUUAUGAUGAAGAACUUGACAAGUUAGUAUCGGAACAAAAGCGCAAAGUGAAACAUUUAACUGAAUCUUGGAACCAAUUGAUUGAGAACGAUGCAGUUAAAAAUCUUCAAACAUUGAAGCUUAAUGGAGAUCAAAAGACUAAAGAAAUUACGGAAAAAAUCAAUGAUUUUUACAAUAAUAACUGGAAACCAUAUAGUUCCGGAUUAAAGAGAAGUGCUGAUUUCUAUCAACAAUUGUAUGAAUUUAGUGUCAAUGUUAAGAAUUCAAUUUUAGAUGAAGAAUCCAAAGUUUCAUUCCAAAGACAAAAAUCAGAUUAUUUCAAUAUGGAAUCAUCAUUUAAUCAAAUUAAUCUAGGAUCUAAUCAAAAUCAAAAUCAACGGUUUGCUCAACAACCAAAUGGAUAUCAGCAUCAGCAAUCUGCUCCUGCUUUACCACCCAAAAGAUCGUCACAACAAAUGGGAUUUACCGCAAGUCAAGGCCCUGGUUCAUACCCUGCUCAAUACCCUGCUCAAUACCCGACUACACCUACGCAACAACAACCACCACAACUUCAACAACAUAGUGGCUAUGGAGAAGCUAAUCAAAUGUAUGGAUCGGGACCAACAGAUGAUAAGCAUGCGUUCAUAACGAAGAAGGAGAUGUUAUCUAAAGGUCAUUACCCAAAGUUGGGGUCACUUUUAUUAAUUUUUGUUGGGAUAAUUAACUUGGUAUCUGCUACAACAUACUGUAAUUCUACAGCUGGAAGUUGUCCAGAAGAUUUGCCUUGUUGUUCUCAAUAUGGUGAAUGUGGUACUGGAGCUUAUUGCUUAGGAGGAUGUAAUAUUCGGUUUUCUUAUAAUAUAUCUGCAUGUAUGCCUCAACCCAGAAUGUCAUCUUUUGAUACUGUUUUCCAAUCUACUGAUCAAGUGUUAUCACAAGAUGAAUAUUUGGGUAAUGCAUCAGAAACUGAAUGGAUUUAUACCGGGAAUAUUGCUGAACAUGAUAACGCUUUAUUGGUUCAAAUGAGAAACAAUUCGGGUGGUACAGUCAUUUCAUCUUCCAAAUAUUUAUGGUAUGGUAGAGUUGGUGCUAAUUUGAAAACUUCUCAUGAUAGAGGGGUUAUUACUGCCUUUAUCCUUUUCUCUGAUGUUCAAGAUGAAAUUGAUUUUGAAUCUGUUGGUUAUAAUUUAACCAAUCCUCAAACAAAUUAUUAUGCAUUAGGUAUUUUGAACUAUACGAAUGCUAGGAAUACUUCUGUAUCCAAUACGUUUGAAAAUUAUCAUUAUUAUGAAAUCGAUUGGAAUGAAGAUCGUGUUGAUUGGUAUAUUGAUGGUGAGAAGGUUCGUACUUUGGAGAAGGCAGAUACUUAUAAUGAAACUACAGACGAAUAUGAUUAUCCUCAAACUCCUUCAAGAAUUCAAUUUUCUUUAUGGCCUGGUGGGGCUGCUGGAAAUGGUCUUGGUACUAUUGAAUGGGCUGGUGGUGCCAUUAAUUGGGAUUCUGAGGAUAUUCAAAAAUAUGGUUAUUAUUACGCUUAUUUACAAAAUAUCACUGUUAAAUCUUAUGAUUUACCAGAAGGUGUUGCAUUAAAGGGGAACUCUUCCAACUCUAAUGAUUAUCAUGCGUUUCUUUACAAUUCCACUCAUGGUCGUCAAAAGAAUGUUGUUUUAACCAACAAAGAAACUAUUAUUGGUGGGAACGAAGCUGUUGGUUGGGAUCCAAUGGUUGAUGAUAACAGCAGUAGCAGCAGUAGCAGUAGUAGCAGUGGUAGUGGGUCUAGCAGUGGAUCCUCCAAAACAAACCUGAAACUGUCUACAAAUACUGGACUUAAUAUACCAACUUUGGUUACCAAUGGAGCUGCAACAACUAAAGCAGGUGCUACAUCCACUCAUGCUUAUAAUAGUGAGAAUGGUGUUGGGGGGUUUAUUCAAAAUGCUAAACUGACUUCCAGUUCUUUGGCUGGUGAAGGUGCCAUUGCAUAUGGUAGUUUCAAUGAAAUUUUAGGUGGUUUGAGUGCUGCUUUGAUUGGGUUACUUUCUAUGAUCAUGUGA